AUGAGCCAGAGGGACCUUAAUUCUAUACAGCGGCAUUGGAUUGAGCUCUUAGUGGAUUAUGAUAUCUCUAUUCUCUAUCAUUCGGGCAAGGCGAACAUAGUAGUAGACGCCUUGAGCUGGAAGGCGGGGAAUAUGGAUAGUUUGGCCUACUUGCCUAUUCUAGAGCGACCCCUAGCCUUGGACAUCCAUUCUUUGGAUAAUAGGAUGGUCAGGUUGGAUAUUAUUUACUCUGGACCAAUUUUGGCUUUUGUGGGAGCACGAUCAUCUACACUGGAUCAGAUUCGUGGCCGACAGUUUGAGGAUGAAGCAUUGUUUCUGGAGAGCUUUUCAGAGAGAGUACCCUGGGUUGAUCUUAGCACUGCUUUUCAUCCACAGACCGAUGACCAGUCAGAGCAUACUAUCCAGAUCCUGGAGGACAUGUUACGGUCCUGGAUAUUGGAGUUCGAUGGUCAAUGGGAUCAGUUCUUGUCCCUAGCAAAGUUUGCUACAACAACAGCCACCACUUUAGCAUUCAUAUAUCCCUAUUUGAGGCUUUUGAGGCCUUAUAUGGUAGGCAUUGUCGCACUCCUAUCGGAUGGUUUGAGUCCUCAAAGCCUAGACCAUACAGUUGGAGAUCGAGUGUUCUUGCGAGUGUCGCCCUUGAAGGGCGUGAAGAUAUUCGCCAGGCGGGGUAAGCUUAGCCCCAGAUAUAUUGUGCCUUUUGAGAUCCUGAGGAAAGUUGGCGAGGUUUCUUAUGAGUUGGCUCUACCCCCAGAUUUUUGGGCUAUAUAUCUAGUUUUCCAUGUUUCUAUGUUGCGCUGGUACAUCCCAGAUGAGUCCCACAUACUUCAAUAUGAUUCUGUGAAGUUGGACGAUCGUUUGAUCUUUGUUAAGGAGCGGGUUGCUAUAUUAGCAAGAGAUGUUCGCCAGCUUCGUUCCAGGUCAAUCCAUGUGGUUAAGAUGAAAGUUCUUUCAAUAGUGGAUGUUGUAAUGACCUUCCAGUGUGGCAGCAUUCAAAGGCCGUCCAAAAAGGAAAAGUUCCAGAAAAGUGAUUUGGAGCAUGCGUGUUUGGCCUACAGGUCCGAGCACCAGCUACCGCCAUUGAUAGAUCGAGCUUACUGUAGUCAGAUUCGGAGACCAGGGUAA